AUGAAGAGCUUUAGCUUGCAAGUAGUUUCCGGCCGAUGGUUUAUGGUAUUUGCCUCACUCCUGAUCAUGUCUGUCAAUGGAACAAGUUACAUGUAUGGUCUAUAUUCUGGUGUGAUCAAAUCGUCUUUAGGCUAUGAUCAGACUACCCUUAAUACUCUAAGCUUCUUCAAGGAUUUGGGUGGCAAUCUUGGAGUUUCAGCAGGUCUUAUCUUUGAAGUAAUGCCACCUUGGGUAGUACUUUCAAUUGGUUCAGUGAUGAAUUUCUCUGCAUAUUUCCUGAUAUGGAUAGCAGUCACUGGCCGCGUAGCCAAACCCCAUGUUUGGCAAAUGUGUUUAUAUAUGUGCCUUGCUACAAAUGCAGCAUCAUAUCCUAAUACUGCAGCUCUAGUCACAUCUGUCAGGAAUUUUCCUGAAAGUCGAGGCAGUGUUAUAGGACUCCUGAAAGGGUUUAUUGGUCUAAGUGGUGCAAUCAUGACUCAAAUUUACCAUGCUUUCUAUGGGAAUGAUUCCAAGUCUCUUAUCUUGCUAAUUGCCUGGCUUCCAUCCUUUGUUCCUUUAGCGUUUCUCUGGACAAUUCGUAUCAAGAAGGAUGUUCGCCAAGCGAAGGAGCUUAAAGUUUUCUGCAACUUCCUCUACAUUGCGCUUGUUCUUGCCGGAUUUCUCAUGAUCAUCACCAUCGUACAGAACAAGCUCAAAUUUACUAGACCUGAGUAUAUUUUAAGUGCUACAAUUGUUCUCUUGCUACUCUUUUUCCCAUUUGCUAUUGUCGUUAAAGAAGAAUUCAAUCUCUGGAAAUGCAAGAAACAGGCCCUGAACAAUCUUUCUCAAUUGAAUGUUGCAGCUGAGGAUCCAACAUCAACAUCACCAGAAGCCAAACUGGAGCCAUUUUCUUGCUUUAAGAACAUUUUCAGCUUCAAGAACAUUUUCAGACAACCAGACAGAGGUGAGGACUAUACUAUACUGCAAGCAAUUUUCAGUAUCGAUAUGCUAAUUCUCUUCAUUUCAACAACCUGUGGUGUUGGAGGGGCAUUAGCAGCUAUAGACAAUUUGGGUCAAAUUGCUAAUUCAUUAGGCUACCAAGCUCAAAACACAGCCACUUUCUUAUCCCUUGUCAGUAUAUGGAACUUCCUUGGCAGAGUUCUAGCAGGUUUUGCCUCUGAAAUAGUCUUGACAAAGUACAAGUUCCCUCGUCCCUUAAUUCUUACAUUUGUCAUCCUCAUCUCUUGUACAGGCCAUGUUCUAAUCGCUUUUGGGGUACCUAGUUCUCUUUACUUUUCUUCAAUCAUAAUUGGGUUCUGCCUUGGAGCACAAUUGCCAUUAGUUUCUGUCGUUAUAUCUGAGAUCUUUGGGCUUAAACACUUCUCGACUCUGUACAGUGUUGGCUCAGUGUCAAGCCCAGUUGGGUCUUACAUUUUCAAUGUGAAAGUGGCUGGUCAUUUAUAUGAUAAAGAGGCAUUGAAACAAAUGGAAGCUUUAGGCAUUAAAAGAGAACAAGGCAAGGAGUUGAAUUGCAGAGGUGUGCAUUGUUUUAAGAUGGCAUUUGUUAUAAUUUCAUUAGCAACAUUUUUGGGGUUUCUUGCUUCAAUUGGUUUGGUGCUUAGGACAAGAAAGUUUUACAGAGGUGAUAUUUACAAGAAUUUCAGGAAGGGAGUCAUUCCAUCAGAAGAGAGUGGAGCUAAGGAUAAUGUGGCAGCCACACUAAAUCACAACCAACAAAUAAACCACUAA